UGCAACGUAAGCGGACUUACUUUCCACGACUUUUCCUUGGGCUCCUGCAGUUGAAAGCGUAUUGCCCACAAUCAGCACUUGUCAAGAAAACAUCAACUAUUUAAAUAUCUAAAAGCCGCUUCUAUAAGACUUCAGGUACCGGCACAAGAAGAUCAGUACUUGCGAGCUGCAAUAUGGAAGAACAAGUUCUGAAGGUUUCUUUUUUGGCUGCUUUAAUUACCAGCAUUAUGUGUGGACGAGGCCCUGCUUCAACUCCCACCUACUUGAAUAUUGCACAGUUCUACAAUAACCAGGGAGCAUUAUGGACACUUCAGUCGCAAACGACAACUGGGCAACAAGGCGUUGCAUGUUUGGUAUACAGUAUCGAGGAUGCCUCUCAAGUAUCGUUCAACUUUAAGCAGAUCUUUUAUGUGAAUGGCGAAAGAACUGAAUGGAACAUGCAAGGAAAAUUUCUAGAAUCGCCGGCUAGAAGGCGAAGUAAUAUUUACGAUAUAUUGAAGGUUACCCCGCCUGCAGGUCAGUAUCCCUUCUCCGAGUAUCUGGUGUACAAGAACAGUGAGAUGGAUUGUGGCGUCUUCUUCAUAUGGAACAGCGUUGGUCAUGCAGGUAAAGCACAAAGGAAAUGAAGAAAAAAGGAAGCUGCGGCUAACCAGCUGCGUCUACUCCCUGGAAUGCGCUGCAGUACGUGGCUGGAAACACAUCGUAGACGGGCGCACAUUUGUGGCACACAACACAUGGGACACAUGCACACUGCAUACACAUGUGGUCUUGUCUUCUUUUAGGAAUCUUCGUGGCCCCCAGAUAAACACACAAAGCACGGACGAGGUGAGCGCAACCCACGCACAUUUAACACACCGACACAAUAGCAAUUGCGGACGACACGGAUGUAACCUGCACCACACGAGUGAUGAAACCUCGUAGAUUAGAUGCUUUCCGACUGAAACAGUUA